UGCGCGUGGUCCCCGGCGGGGCGCGCGCCGGGGGGAGGGGGAUGUCGGGCCGCGCGCCGCGGCAGGAGGAGGGGGAGAGCGCGAAGCUGCGCCGCAAGGAGGAGCUGAGCCGGAGGAUUAAAGAGCAGAAGGUUGUAGUUGAUGAGCUUUCUAAUUUGAAGAAGAACCGGAAAGUUUAUAGGCAGCAACCCAAUAGCAACAUAUUCUUCCUUGUAGACCGAACAGAAACGCUAUCUCAAUGCAAAAAUACAUUAGAUGAAUUAAAGAAGGCACAUCAGGAGAUGGAAAAUUCAGAAAAGGCUAAAAUCAAGAAAUAGUCCAUCUGAAUUCAAAGUCACAAUGUGUGGUAUUUGUUGCGUUGUUACCUUGUGUAGCCAGCAUGCUAUUCAUGAUUUCUUUAACAAAGACAUACUCUGCCGUCUUAGAAGAAGAGGACCAGACAGUAGCC